AGUAGGUGACCUUUCGCUGACUUGACCGCUGCUUCCCAAAGGCCUCCAAAAUGAGGUGCGCGUGGAGGGAUAAAUUUCCACCUGAUUUCGCUUUCGGCGCACCAAUCAAAAAUACUUCUCCUAUCACCCUCAUCGACUUUCAGCAUCCUGUAUAUGCGAUGCAACUCAUGUGCAGCGCCCUUGAACGUUGUUGCAUUGUCCGAGUGCAACUCAGUUACCCUCCCACGCCUGGCGACAAAGCGUCGUAGUGCCGCUAAAACGCAGUCGAUGUGAGGUCACUCACCAGUUCGAUAUGAACUGCCCUUGUCGCGAAACAUACGAAAAUCGCGAUGUACGCUUUCAUCGGACUUCUAUUGCGGACGGUCGACUUUAGUAAAAAGGGUCCACAAUAGUCGACACCGCUUACUGCAAACGGCUGGGCUGGUACCACUCUUGAUGCAGGCAAAUCUGCUACCGCCUGCUUCACCAAAGUCGGCUUGUUUCUAAAGCAUGUGUGGCAUCGAUGAUACACGCUUUUCACCAAAUUUCGAGCACCAAUCAACCAAAAUUUCUGCCGGAGCGUUGCCAGCAUCAAUUGUGGUCCGGCAUGCAUCUUCUGCAGAUGGAUGUUCUCUGCCAGUAGAGUCGACAAACGAUGUGAUGCUGCGAGGACAAUCGGAUGCUUGGUUGAUUCUGGUAUGCUGGCAUUACCAAGCCGGCCACCAACGCGUAACAUACCCUUUGGAUCGAGGUGAUCCAAUUCGUCCCCAAACGAGUCCUGUUGUGCCAGCUGGCACAACCUUAGUUCCGCUUCUUGCAACUCCGCCGCUGUAAGCGAUGGAGCGGAACACAGUAGCGUCUUCAUGUCUACUUUUCGUUUGACGCGCUCG